AUGGUUCAACAGAACAUUUUAAAAUUGAAGAUUGUAAAAUGGCUUGACGCUUAUUACUUAGUUCCUAUUAAUGUGCAGUUUCGAAAAUAUUUAAGAUUUUAUUUCGAUGGAAACCUUUAUGAGUUCAAUUGUUUACCGUUUGGUCUAAAUACUGCCCCUUAUCUUUUUACAAAGAUUAUGAAACCCGUUGUUGGGUAUCUGAGAAACUUGGGUUUUUUAUCGGUUGUCUAUCUUGAUGAUAUUCUGCUCAUUGCAGAUUCAAAAUUAGCUUGCCUAAAAAACAUUAAUUUUACAGUUGAGUUACUGAAUGAGCUAGGUUUUAUUAUCAACGAAGAAAAGAGUGUUCGAAUUCCCUCGCAAUCGUGCUUGUUUCUGGGAUUCAUUUUGAAUUCGCAAAAAAUGAGCUUAGAACUUCCUCUUGAGAAAAGGAAAAAAAUUAUUAAAGAGAUUGCUCAUUAUAAGAAAUUAGGCAAAUGUAAAAUUAGAGAGUUUGCUCAUUUCAUAGGGUGCUUGGUUUCCUGUUGCCCAGCUAUUCCGUAUGGUUACGCUCAUAUUAAAAAUUUUGAGAGGUUAAAAUAUUUGGCGUUGUUAAAAUCAGGGGGAAAGUUUGAUGAAGUAAUGGAGUUAAAGGUUCAACUGCAGGAUGAUUUCCAAUGGUGGGAAACGAAUAUUAGUUGGAGAAUUGCUAAUAUUGCAGUUAAAAAAUAUAGUUUAACUAUUUUUUCAGAUGCGUCUGGAACUGGGUGGGGGGCAGUGUGUAAUGGAAAAACAGCCCACGGUUUCUGGAGUGAGACAGAAAUUAAAUUUCAUAUUAAUUAUCUUGAACUUCUCGCAGCCUUUCUAGGAUUAAAAUACUUUGCCGAAAAGUUCAAGGAUUGUAAUAUUUUGCUUAGAGUUGAUAACACGACUGCGAUUUCUUAUAUUAAUCGCAUGGGGGGUGUUCGUUUUACAAAAUUAAGUAAUCUCUCCCGAUCUAUUUGGGAGUGGUGCGAACAACGAGGUCUAACAAUUUUUGCCUCUUACAUUUCUUCUAAGGACAAUUCGGAGGCAGAUUUUGAAUCCAGAAGAUUGAAGAGUGAUACCGAGUUUGAGUUGUCAAAGUCGGCGUUCAAUAAAAUAGUUGAAACGUUCGGAAAACCGGAUAUUGAUCUUUUCGCGUCAAAGAAUAAUAAAAAAUGUAAAAAUUAUAUUGCUUGGAAGCCGGAUCCAAACUCGGUGGCAGUUGAUGCGUUUACGAUUGGAUGGGAAAAAAUGUUCUUCUACGCGUUUCCACCCUUCAUCUUAAUUCCUAAAGUUUUACAAAAAAUCAAGUCCGAAGGUUCUCGAGGAAUUGUGAAAAUCACAUUUAUGGAAGAAUCUUACCCUGGUGGUCGGCAGGUUAUCAGGGAAGCAUUCAAGAAGAGAGGUAUUCCAGAAGACUCGUUGAAUAUUUCUUUAUCGUCUUUGAGUGACUCUUCAAUUAAACAAUACGACCAUGCCUUGCGGAAGUGGUGGAAUUUUGGCGUAUCAAAUAAAUUGUCUGUUUAUAAUGCCGAUACGUCCACCAUACUUAAGUUUUUAACUUCAGAAUUCGAAAGAGGAGCCUCUUACGGUACACUGAAUACCAUAAGGUCAGCUAUUGCACUCAUUCUUGGCCCAGAUAUUGGGCAAAAUGAGAUUAUUAAAAGAUUUUUCAAAGGUUUAUCAAAAUUAAGACCAUCUCAACCAAAGUAUGAAUCCACAUGGGAUCCAAAGAUAGUUUUAGAUUAUUUUAAGGAUUUUUCGAAUGAAGACUUGCCUUUAGAUGUAUUGAGUAAAAAAUUAGUUACUUUAUUAGCAUUAGUUACUGGCCAAAGGAUGCAAACCUUAGCUCUAAUUGAUGUAAGAAAUAUUAGAAUUAAGAAUGAAUUAGUAGAGAUUAAGAUUGACAGUAGGAUCAAAACUUCGAAGCCUGGAACGAAACAACCAGUAUUAAUUUUACCAUUUUUUAAAGAAAACCAAAACAUCUGUCCUGCCAAGACGCUUCAGAAAUACCUGAAUAUCUCAAAAGAUAUUAGAAAUAAGAGUCAUGCACUGUUCAUUUCAUUUAAGAAACCGUAUCAUAAGGUUUCGACUCAAACAUUGAGUAGAUGGGUGAAAGAUACCCUUCAGGAAUGUGGCGUUGAUACAGAGAUUUUCUCUGCUCAUAGCACCAGACAUGCUUCUACUUCUUCUGCAAAAAAGCUGGGAGUAGGCAUUGAUCUGAUAAAGAAAUGUGCUGGCUGGACAGAAAAUUCGUCGGUUUUUGCUAAGUUUUAUAAUAGACCUAUUAUUCAAGAUCCUAGUUUAUUUGCUAAGACUAUUUUGAGAGUGAAGUUCUAUCAUAAUUGUAUGAAGCGCCUCUUCCGAAAAGAUGAGUCCCUCCCAAUACCCUUAGUCCUGUGGACACCCAUUUUAAUAUUUGGCUACGGAUGCACUUUAAAGAUAAUGAGUCUCGGGAGGCAGGCCCCGAUGCAGGGGACGCAUAGGUGGGGGGUCGAUACAUUUUUGUUUCUAGCUAUAAACUUGUGGUGCCUCGGUCGGUACAAAGAGUACUACGUUGUUCAUCUUUUCGGAAGAGGCGCUUCAUACAAUUAUGAUAGAACUUCACUUACAGGGAUUUUUGUGGAGAUGAAUCUAUUUUAUAUUUUUAAGGAUUAG